AUGGCAACUCGAAUUGCAAGUGAUAUCAUUAUUCUUGUUGGUUUACCUCAAAAUGAAGAUGCUGUAUCAGAGCUUGUAUAUGAUAUACCAUAUUACUGUGACCAAGUUUCAAUAAUUCUUUUCAUGAUCGGAAUAUUAAGUGCCAUUCCACAUACAAGACUUGCGGGUAAUCCGCUUCAAAAAACGACCAACUCAAAAAAAUCAUUUCGAAUUACUAUAUCAUCCCAUAAAACAAUGAUAUGGUUUUUUCGUAUUUAUUCUAUUAUUAUUUUUCCAUCACUUGCUACUCUUGGAUUGCUCACUGGUUAUUUUCGUUCUCAAUGGGCUCAGGCUCCAAAGCCAUAUCAAAAACAAGACCAUGACAAUAUGAUGUUUGAAGCUUGUAUUAACAGUGCUCAUUAUAUGGUUCAUGCUGUUGGUAGCGCUUCAUUAGCUUUUUGUUUUAUUUAUUUUGGAAGAAAAGUUAAAGGAUUUGCUGAAGCUAGUAUUGCUUUAUUGAUGGAUACCGAUAUGGAUUCUAGUAAAUAUGGUCGUUUAAGACUAAUGAGAAAUUCAAUAACAAGGCUGAAUGUUAUAAAUGGUUUUUUUUGCGCAAAAUAUUUAUUAGACUGUUUUGGUGCAAUUGCGAUAUCUUUAUAUCUUAAUAUAAUUUUAUUAACUCCAUGGGCUUCCAAAAUUGUCGCCGUUAUGAUUACUAUAAUAUCAUCAUGUUCAAUGAUUUUAUGCAUAAUUUUAGUCUUAUACGGUCAAACAAAUCCAGAAGAUGCCUUUGAUCUUAGUUUUAUACAAGUUUCUCCAUCACAACGUCAUUUUUCAUUCGGGGUAUGGAGUGUCUCAGGUGAUUCAAAUAAUCAACAGUUUGAUAAAAAUGAUUCUGUUCUUUUACCACCACCACCUUCAUAUAAUGAUAACGAAACACAAGAAACAUCAAGAAAAUCUCCUAUGAAACGUAAUUAUCGAUAUAGUUUGUCUUCUUCUUCAAUAAAUCGCAAUUCAAUAUUACCAGAAAUUGUGGUAUCAACACCUGAUGUUGUAAAAAAGCCAACUAAGAAUGGUGAAAAGUCGGAAUUUGUUGCUGCUUGGAUAUUAGAUCAACAUGAGAGAUCAUCGGUCACCGAUUAA